AUGACACCAGUUCCAAAGACUCAAUAUGGUUUUGUUUAUAAUACUACUAGUGGACUUCAAUUGAAUGAAAGUCUUCCAAUUCCAACUUUAAAACCAGGUCAAUUAUUAUUAAAAGUGGAAGCUGCCGGAUUAUGUCACUCAGAUUUACAUAUUCUUUAUGAAGGAUUAUAUUGUGGGGAUAAUUAUGUUAUGGGUCAUGAAAUUGCUGGUACGGUAAUUAAAACUGAACAAGAUGAAGCUGGGGCUUAUAAAAUCGGUGAUAGAGUUGCUUGCUUUGGUGCCAAUGGUUGUGGAAAUUGUGAAUUUUGUAGAAAAGGUAAUGAUAAUGAUUGUCCAAAUGCAUUUUACAAUUGGUUUGGUUUAGGAAGUGAUGGAGGUUAUCAACAAUAUUUAUUAGUUAAAAAUCCUCGUAAUUUAGUUAAAAUUCCAGAUAAUGUUGACUUUGCCGAAGCAGCUGCCAUUACGGAUGCUGCUUUAACUCCUUAUCAUGCUAUUAAAUUAGCUAAAGUUAAUCCCUUAACUAAUUUAUUAAUUAUUGGUGCCGGUGGUUUAGGUACAAAUGCUAUUCAAAUUGCUCGUACAUUUGGAGCUCAAAUUACAGUGUUAGAUAAAAAGCAAAAGGCUUUAGAUAUAGUUAAGAAAUUAGAUCCUGAAUUAAAAGCUUAUACGGAAUUACCCGAAGAUUUAGCAAAAGGUAGUUUUGAUGUGAUUUUAGAUUUGGUUGGUGCUCAACAAACUUUUGAACUUUCUGAAAAGUAUGUUAAAUCAAAAGGUAUUAUAGUUCCAGUUGGUUUAGGUGCAUCUAAAUUGACUUUUGAUUUAUCUAAUUUAGCAUUGAGAGAAAUCAGUCUAUUAGGUUCAUUCUGGGGAACUUCUCAAGAUUUAGUUGAAUGUCUUGAAUUAGCAAGACAAGGUAAGAUUAAACCACAACUUCAUACUAUAUCAUUAAAGGAAUUACCUAAAGCCAUUGAACAGUUAAGAAAUGGUCAAUAUGAAGGUAGAACUGUCUUAAUUCCAUGA